CAUCUACAACAACAAACAAUCCAACAAUAUCAACAGCUGUAACUUCAGAAUCCACAACUCUUACUUCAACAACAAUGUCUACAUCUUCAGAAACAGCUGCACCUGUAACAACAUCAACAACUACAGCUUCAUCGACAACUGAAAUUCCCACCACCACAGUUGUGAGUACAGAAACCACAACUAUUACUUCAACAGUGGUGCCUACAACAGCAGAAACCACGACUGCAGCUUCUUCAACCACAUCUACAACAACAAAUAAUCCAACAACAUCAAGAGCUGUAACUUCUGAAUCCACAACUCUUACUUCAACAGCAAUGACUACAUCUUCAGAAACAGCUGCACCUGUAACAACAUCAACAACUACAGCUUCCUCAACUGGAGCUGUACCUUCCACAGUGACAUCAGCUCCUAUGUCAUCUGAAGCUCCAAGUACAACAACAUCUCAAACCACAUUGCUUCUUACAACCACAUAUACUUUAGCUCUCACAUCUGCUGUUGUGACUUCAGAAGCAACAACGCUUACCUCUUCAACAAUGCCUACACCAUCAGAAAGUACAACUACACCUGCAGCAAGCACAACUGCAGCUUCCACAACCACAGUGGGGCCUUCCACUACUGUGACUACAACUUCAGAAACUACAACUGCAUCCUCAACAUCAACGGCUUCCUCAGCUGCGAUAGUUCCUUCUACUACUUCUUCAUCUCCAACCUCAUCUGAAUCUCCACUUCAAACCACAUCAACAGUUGUCAAUCCUGCUCCAAUAAGGUCUACAACUUCAGAAAGUACAACUGCACAUACAACAUCAACCUCAGCUACCACAAUGGUACCUUCAACCAUUACAUCAGCUGCAACCUCAUCUGAAGCUCCAAGUACAAAAACAGCUGAAACCACAGUGACAUUUGCAGCCACAACUACUGAAACCUCAACUCUUACUUCACCAACAAUGUCCACAACUUCAGAAAGUACUCCUGCACCUGCAACAUCCACCAUUACAGUUUCCUCUUUUAUGACUGUACCUCCCACUGCUGUGUCAUCUUCAGUCUCAUCUGAAACUACAAGUACAACAACACAAGGUCCAGAUAUAUCCACAAUUACAGCCACAACAACAUCUGCAAUUUCAUCAACAACAGUCAAAACCCCAACUGCACCCAUUACAACCAUGACUGUUCUUCCCACCACUACAAUUCCAGCUGAUAUCUCAGCUACAACUACAAGCACAACAACAGCCACCAUUCCAAGCUCAACUGCAGCUCAAACAACAACUGCAUUUCAAGUAACAUCAGGAGAUCUUUUAAAAACAACUGUCGCUUUUACCAGUACAUCUUCUGCUCCAGCCACACUUGCACUUUCAACCAAAACAACUUCAAGCCCAAAUAUGGAUUCAGAAACUACAACUGCAUCAACAACUACCACUGGAAUUAUUACAGGUUUCACUAAUACAGCAGAAUUUCCAGUAGUUCCAAUAACAUCAAGUUCAAACACAAAUUCGUCAACAUCACCAGCAUCUACAAUUCCAGGUCACACAUCCAUAAAAACAACACCAGCUGAAACUCUUACUAGCAAUACUACACCUCUGAACAAUACAACAAAAGCAGAUGCAACACUUCAAAGUACUUCAAGUUUGCAAACAGAAACUUCAAACAUACCCAAAACGUUGUCAACAAAUGUGUCCGGUGCAGCAACAGUCACAACCAAAUUGAUAUUCUCAUCCUUGUCAUCCCUGCCCACUGAAACUUUGGUCCUAGAUGCUAUUAGUACUCUUCUUAAAUCUAGAGAGUCCAAACUCAAUGAAUCACUGAAGAUUGUCAGCUUUACCUAUCAGAAAAUCUCUGAAACUUCCUAUGCUGUCAUCUUUAAUAUUAUUUUGAAUAAUAUCAGCAUGCCUGAGGAUCCUGAGCUAAGAAACAGCAGUUAUGUGCAAGUGCAAGAUGUUGUCAAUGAUGCGCUGAACACUCUUCUGAAUGAACCUGGCCAGCAAGUUUUCAAACCAAAAUCCUCCAACUUCACGAGCACUUCAAACCAGAUUGAUGGCAGGAUGGAAUAUAUCUUCCAGGAUGGAGAUGCCAUACAACCAAUCAGCUUCCUA